GGCGCAGAGCAGCGGCGGCAGCGGCGGCGGCGGCAGCAGCCACCCGAUGUCUUCGGCGCCCGAGAAGCAGCAGCCACCGCACGGCGGCGGCGGCGGCGGCGGCGGCGGGGGAGGCGGCGCGGCCAUGGACCCCGCGUCGUCCGGCCCGUCCAAGGCCAAGAAGACCAACGCCGGCAUCCGGCGCCCUGAGAAGCCGCCCUACUCCUACAUUGCGCUCAUCGUCAUGGCCAUCCAGAGCUCGCCCACCAAGCGCCUGACGCUCAGCGAGAUCUACCAGUUCCUGCAGAGCCGCUUUCCUUUCUUCCGCGGCUCCUACCAGGGCUGGAAGAACUCCGUGCGCCACAACCUCUCGCUCAACGAGUGCUUCAUCAAGCUACCCAAGGGCCUCGGGCGGCCCGGCAAGGGCCACUACUGGACCAUCGACCCGGCCAGCGAGUUCAUGUUCGAGGAGGGCUCCUUUCGGCGGCGGCCGCGCGGCUUCCGAAGGAAAUGCCAGGCGCUCAAGCCUAUGUACAGCAUGAUGAACGGGCUCGGCUUUAACCACCUCCCGGACACCUACGGCUUCCAGGGCUCGGCCGGCGGCCUCUCGUGCCCGCCCAACAGCCUGGCGCUGGAGGGCGGCCUUGGCAUGAUGAACGGCCACUUGCCGGGCAACGUGGACGGCAUGGCCCUGCCCAGCCACUCGGUGCCCCACCUGCCCUCCAACGGCGGCCACUCGUACAUGGGCAGCUGCGGCGGCGCGGCGGCCGGCGAGUACCCGCACCACGACAGCUCUGUGCCCGCCUCCCCGCUGCUGCCCACCGGCGCCGGCGGGGUCAUGGAGCCGCACGCCGUCUAUUCGGGCUCGGCGGCUGCUUGGCCGCCCUCGGCCUCCGCGGCACUCAACAGCGGCGCCUCUUACAUCAAGCAGCAGCCCCUGUCUCCCUGUAACCCCGCGGCCAACCCCCUGUCCGGCAGCCUCUCCACGCAUUCCCUGGAGCAGCCGUAUCUGCAUCAGAACAGCCACAACGCCCCAGCCGAGCUGCAAGGAUUUUGCGCUGGAACAGGCAAGUCAAGAUGCCCCUUGACAUGAAAUCCCCUCUGUAAUAAAGCCCGGAGCAGGGGUAGGAGAAGCUUGGAGCAGGGUUUCUGCGUGUGGAUUACACAUCCGCGGACGCCGCAGUUCUCCGUGCGGGGCCGACGCCUUGGACGCACUCAGCUUCAGCGGCUUUCCCGUUGUAGCCCCGGGCAGCAGAAGCGCCUGGGCGGGACCUCCGGGCCCCUCAGCCCCAAGGAAGCGGGACUUCGCCUCCUGGAGCUCACCCCUAGGGCCCGUCCAGGCCAGCAGAGCCAGUCGCCCGGCAGGAAGGCGCCUGGGGUGUGGGCUUCUGAUGGGAAGGCGCCUGGGUCACAGAGGUGUGCUCUGUCUGUUCUCUUUUCUCUUUGGGGCUGGAGGGGGUUGGUGGCCACAAGGGCCUGGCUCCAGGCCUUCCAGCCACCCGCCAGCAGGCAGCUUUCGCUCAAAGGAGCUCCAAAGGAGCUAGGGUUCCUCCUCUGCGGCCACCCCAACCUGAGCAAGACAAGUUGCCUCUGAGCCUCGGUUUCCUCAUGGCUAAUCGUACAGUCCUGGUGGACCCACGCGGGCCGUGGUUAAGAAGGCAGGUGCUUCUCAGGAGUAAAGGGGUGGCCUGGUUCCUUGGUACCCAGACAGGAGUGGCCGGUCAGACCUGGCUUUUCUCUCUGAGACAUCUAGUGGGGCCAGUGUGGAGUGGUGGUAGUGCGUGUGUCUGCUUGUGGGGGGUGUGGGAACCAUAAGAGGUGGAAAAAUCCAUAUUUUACAAGGCGCUCUGCUCAGGGACUUCUGAUCCCAGUGUGGGGACAGCUAAAUUCCCAUCUUCAUGGACUUGCCCUCCCUUCCCAGGGAUAAGGAAGAUGGCUCACAUAGCUGGACAGAGAAUUUUCACAGUGGGUUAGGGCUUGGGAUGCCAACAUACACCAGCCACCAGAAUCUCCCCAAACCUCACUGACCCCUCCUAGGCAUCUGAGUCCUGCGGAUGACCCCACGGGGAAGUGGGAGAUCAGAAGCCCCCUGAACCCAGUGGCUUCACCUCUGAUGGUAACUAUCAGAGUCCAGCCCAGGAAUCACCCUCAUCAGAAAUAUCUGGGGUGUCUGUUUAAACAGCAGAUUCGAGGGGUCCCUGACAGCUACUGAUUGGAAUCUCCGGAGGGGAGGCCCAGGAGUCCAUGGUGUUCACAGAUAAGCCGGGUGGUCCUGGAGAGUGCUAGUUUGGGUCUGUUCUCCCACGCUGGUCAAGAUUGCUCUGAGCGGCCUCUGCUGCCCCCUCCUGCCCGCCUGCUGGAUCAGGCCCAUGUGUCUGUAGCAGCAGCUGGUUGAGAGAACUUGGAGGCCAGGCAAAUAGGCACCAUGGCCACAUUUGCAGGCGUAUCAUGUGAACACUGGGCUGGGGCAGGCCUUCUUCCCACAUGGGCAUCCCAGUCCACCCCAGCUUGCUCCUGCCUCAGCUCUGCCCUUGUUACUCUACUUGUUUUGGAGGCAGACCCUGAGCUCAGGGAGGGUCAGUGAUUGCUCCCGACAUGGUGGGUAAGACGUGGAAUUUGGACUCAGACGCAGUACUUUCUGACCUGGAAGCCUGUGUCCCUCGCCAUUAUUCCACACGGCGCUUGGACACCCAUUUGCCUGCAUCCACAGGACCUAGUGAAAAAAGGAAAGUUUACAUGGGGUCCGUGAUCUAGCCUCUGCUGGCUUCCGGCCUCCAGAGGAGAGGCGGCAAUGGGCAGGACCACAGAGUCGGAGUCUCCGAACACGUGCUGUCAGACCCCCUCUUGCCUUCCAGCUGAGCCAGGGGGGCGCAUGCAGGUGGGGCAGGAGCUGGCCUAGCAGCCAGCGCAGCUCAGACCCUGACCUUCACCCCCUCUCAGGGUUCCGACUGUGAUUCACGGGUUCCACCAUGGCCUGCCAUGGAAGCUUCCUUUGCUUCCUGUGGUCCCCUUAGACCAGCUGAGAAAAGCUUCAGAUGGAAGUGGGUGCUCAGACGAGGCCAGCUGCACAGCACUGUGGCCGCUUCCACACUGUUUAUGGAAACUUCUGGGGACCAAUACCUCAGAGUUCUGGGCUCUGUGUUAAGGAGGAAGGCCCUUUUCCAGCGUCUUCUGCAGCUGAACCCAGGGGCAGUGUCCUGGGCCAUGUGGCCGGCAGGGUGGGGCAGCGAGGGAGGGGUCGCAUCCAUCCAUGAAAGGAUGCUGACUUGUUGUAGGGCCGAGAGGAAUCACGGGCCUUUGACAAUUCUAUGUCUUCAUGUGCUUUGGGGGUGGGCAGGGGCAGAGGAACGCCUACUAUCUAUAAGCAUAAAACAUCGUGGCAGUUGGGGGGGUCUCCGAGCUGACUCUGGCUGGAAGGCUGUCCAGUUUGCGAAUUGUUCAUUGCUCAAUCAAGCUCUUAAAUGAAAUAAAAGAAAACAUUGUCAGCAUGAAAUGACAGACGGACAGGGGGGAACCGUUGCAGAACUAUCCUCUCCACACGGGGCCCUGGCUGUGUGUCCACCACCGCACUAGACUAGAUUUGUGAUGGACAUGUUGACACAUACCUGUCAUCACAGAUGGACCGCCCAGUGCCCUGUUGACCCAACCCACUGGCAGGGGAGCAAGCAUGUGGUGGUUGCACAGCAGCUGGCAUUGAGGUGGGAAAGUGUGCAGUCCCUUUUGGAGCAAAUGUCCAGGUCAUGUGCUGCCCAGAAGCUGAAUACACAGGGCCAUGCCCUGCAGGACCAUCCGGCUGCUUCUGGCAUCAGGACACCUGGGGUCAUGUGGACACCCUGAAGAGACGACGACACAAAGGCCAGGAUGACCACAAAUGUCCUGAGCAGAGGCAGAAAGCUGGCCAGAUGCGGUGUCUGCAGGGUCCCUGUGGUGGUCUUUCUCUCAUCCUACGGCGCAGGACGCUUGCUGGCGACACAACCAAGAGGAAGCCUGGCAGAGCAGGGGCAGGGAUCGCUGGGGCCAGGUGCAGGCAUCCUCCCUGACUUAUUUUGGACAAUGUUCUAUGUCCGUGGGGUGGCAGCCUAGGGAGGAGCAAUACCACACGCAGGGCUCUUGAGAGUGCUGUAGUGCUGUGACCAGUCGUUGAAGGCAUCUUAUGGAAACCACCAGCAGCAUCCAGGAAGCAGGCACGGACCCCGUGUUCCUCCCACCCCGUGUUCCCCAGCAGGUCUGGGGUCUGGGCCACCGGGAAGCAUGCUGAGUCUGCAAAUGUCCCUGGAAGAGGAUAGCAACAUUUCUGUUCUGGACACUUACCCCCAAACAGGCCGUGAUCUAUCAGCACAUGGCAUUUCCGUGAGGCAGGAAGCACUGGCCCACACGGGCUUUCUGCUGUGACUCUUCGGCGGGUCACCAGCUUGGGUGAGCAGAGAGGACUGCGCCGCCUCGGUCCAGGUGCAGGAGGCGAGCCAGCGAAGUGGGCAGGGCAAGAGGAGGCAGCCAGGGGAGGCUGGGCGAGGCCAUAGCAAAUGUGGGCCAUGGGGACAGGAGGGACAGGAGGUCCUGGCUCACUUCCCAGGGGCCUUCGUCGCGAUGCCCGCCCCAGGGAGAGAGCUCAGGGUCAGGAAACGUCUUGGGAAACGAAAGAGGACGCAGGGCAGCAGGGUCUUUCUUGCAGGGCAGCCUCUGACCCACCCCAGGGAUUUCGCGCUGGGCUGUUUCUCUACGAGGAGGCAGCGCCACCUGCUGUCCACUUCGCGCAGAUGCUGUUGGGCCCUAAAAAAUCAGUCCCAUCAGGAAAAUUGAUCUCACCAGGCUGGGCAGCCGCGGAUGCGAGGAAUGAACCUGAUUGCCCUAUUUCAGGCCCUUUGCUCUUUGUCAAGGGGUAGCUGGCUUUUUAUUUUAUUUUAUUUUAUUUGGUCAGGGGGUCAGUUAAUGUAGUCUUUUGCUAAUUACACAAAUGAUGUGGCUUAUUCCAAAUUAAAAAAAAAAACUUUAUUAAAGUGAAACGAAGAAAGUAAAAGUGACUUCCAACCCCAUUCCUGAGUGAGACAGCUGUGCUCCGGUGGCCACAGGAGACAUCUCCCUGCACCCUGAAGGACCCCGUGGUUCUACGAGGAGCAGAUAAGGGAGGUAGUGGGUCAGAGCACUGGAGUCACAGGGCCUGGGUUCAAGUCCUGGCUCCACCUCUUCUCAACUUCGUGAGCCUGCACAGGUGUCUCUCUUCUGCUCACCUCAGUUUCCCCAUCGGUACAGUGGCUGAUGCUGAAAGGUGCUUUAUCUGUUGCACCUGGCAGCAUGAGAAAGGCUGAUGUGGGGCUGGCCGCAGUGGCUUAUGCCUGUAAUCCCCACACUUUAGGAGGCCGAGGCAGGUGGAUCACAUGAAGUCAGGAGUGCGAGU